GAGCAGGUGACGUCAUUUCCAGUGGAGGGAAGUUAACCCGGAAAAGGGUGUUGGCUGAGGUAGGUGAGGAACCAGAACCAAACCCGAAUCUGAGCUCUAGUUAUCUGGACUCGUAGUUAGAGCCAGAGUUUGGACCGGGACACCGACCAGCCGAGACCGCAGACAUCUUAUCAGUCCGCGGAGCCACAGUUUGACAGCCCUGUUAGCCGCUAGCUGCUAACCGUCCGGAGAGGAAGAUGAGCGGAGGGAUGAACAGCAUCGAUGCAGUGAAGAAGAAGAUCAAGGUGUUGCAGGAGCAGGCGGAGGAGGCCGAAGAGCGAGCCGAGCGGCUGCAGAGGGAGGUGGAGAAGGAGAAGAAGACCAGGGAGGAGGCAGAGGGAGAGGUGACGUCUCUGAGCCGGCGGCUGCAGCUCAGCGAAGAGAACCUGGACCGGGUUCAGGAGAGACUGGCCACCGCCCUGCGUAAACUAGAUGAGGUGGAGAAGGUUGCUGAUGAGAGCGAGAGAGGUAUGAAGGUGAUCGAGAACCGAGCUCUAAAAGACGAGGAGAAGAUGGAGCAGCUGGAGGUUCAGCUGAGGGAGGCCAAAAUGAUCGCCGAGGAGGCCGACCGCAAAUAUGAGGAGGUGGCCCGUAAGCUGGUGAUGGUGGAAGGAGAGCUGGAACGGGCCGAGGACCGGGCCGAACAGGCGGACAGUAAGUGUCGGCUGGUGGAGGAGGAGCUGAAAACCGUGUUCACCAGCGCCAAGUCUCUGGAGGCGCAGAGUGAGAAGUACUCUCAGAAAGAAGAUCGCUACGAGGAGGAGAUCAAGAACCUGAGCAACAAACUUAAGGAGGUGAGCCACAUCUCACACUUCCUGUUGACACUUUUAUCUGUAAUUAAGCCGAGGCUCUUUCCUUCGCCUGCAGACGCUCUGACUGCAGCUAGAAACGCCAACAUGGAGCUUCAGGCCACCCUGAAUCAGACCAUGGACGAGCUUAACUCCUGCUGAAGCUCCUCCCACCGCGUCGCCUACCAGGAAGCUCUGCGGCGCAGCCUGCUGAAGCUCCUCCUCCUCCAGGUGGAGGUGUGAUGAGGGCGUGGCCUCCUGCCUCCUUUCUGGAUGAUUCCCAUGUCACACAUUCCUUCUGUCACAUUGAAUUGUUUAUUUUAAUCCCAGUUACUAACAGCUUCCCUCGUUUGGACUAAUUCAGAGUUUAAUCACUUUUGGUAAUCGAUUCGUUGAUUAGGGCCAAAUAUUAUUUCUGCCAAUAUUUGUUGUUUUUUGAGACGUGGGGUUUAAGUGUGUGAUCAGCCAAUCAUGAAGGACAUUCCACUGCCAAAUACGGCGACCCAGGGGCCAAUCAGUGGUCAGACUUCCCCCCGUUUUAAUGUAAUAGUAUUUUUACCUAGUGAUGUCAUCACAGCCAUGAUGUCACAGCUCAUUGUAAUGACCCAGAGUGAAAAGAUUUUAUAAAAUAAAAGCUCCGCAUGUAAACCUGAACAGAGACUCUGGCUG